CUAAUUAUUACAAAAUGGCCAGUAUUAAAACCAAUUGUUAAUCAAAUUAUGGAUAUAUAUUUUAUGAUUUCUUCUGGAGAGCAUGAUCAUGACAUUAGUAAAACCAUUAUUCCAAAAUCAUCAAGUGGACGCCUUAUAUCUACAAGAGAUUUAUUAAAAUGGUGUCAACGAAUUAUUGAAGAUUUUGACCUUACAUCAACAAAAGCAUCUUUAGCAGUUUUUCAGGAUGCAAUAGAUUGUUUUUGUAAACAUAUAUCAUCUACAUAUGAACGUGUAAAUUUAGCAAAAUCUGUUGGCACAAAAUUAAAUCUUACUGAAGCAAAGAUUGAGUACUUUUGUACAAAAUAUAAGCCAGAAAUCUCUAUUUCAUCAGAUAUAGUUAAAAUAGGAAGAGUAACUUUGAUGAAACGAAAACAAAAUACUAUCUCUGAGAAAAGGUGUUCAAAAACAGUGUACGCCCAUACUCGUCAAUCAUUAGCACUUUUGGAAUCAGUUGCAGUUGCUGUUAAAAACUCUGAACCUGUUCUUCUUGUUGGUGAAACUGGUACUGGAAAAACAUCAGUUGUUCAAUAUCUUGCUGAUUUAUUAGGCCAUAAACUUACUGUAAUUAAUAUGAAUCAGCAAAGUGAUAGUGUGGAUCUUUUAGGAGG